AUGAAACACUUCGACGUUCACUCGAAGGUUGCACUUCACCUCAAAUCAGUGAGUCGUCGAUCCCGACUUAAGGCAGAAGCUAUAUCUCAGCCUGCCAACCCGCAGUCGCCUUCUGCCUUGGUCCGACUCCCCACCAAGAUCAAGGAAAUGAUCUUUCAAGAACUCUGGAAAGACGCAGGGUUGUCUCAGCACCUCAUCUUACGCGAUGGUCGCUUCUCUGGGAUGAAAUGCGUCACCGAUGUCACUGCGCCAGACGAGCGUCAAGCGAAAUGCGAGAGGACAGGACGCGAUGAGAUAUGGGAUCCAGAGCUCUGGAGGCAGCUUGAGUCUACUUGGGGCGUCCAUUGGAAAUAUGAAGAGCUAUAUCAAUCUCAAGAUGGAAACGGGUGGAGUCCGUUUUUGCCCUUGUUAUUGACAUGCUGGGAGCUAUACAUUGAAGCGCGUGCCUCCAUCUAUAGCAGCGUCACGUUUUGUACUCACGACCUUGACACCAUCCACUCACUAGCAGUUUCCUAUCCAAAUCUAAUCUUCAACAAUAUUCGACACCUACAGGUUACGGUCCGCCUGCGUCUGCCGGGCUUUGAUGGACCCAAUUAUGCAAAGAAAUCAGCUAUGCUGCCGUGGCAUCAGUGCUGUAAGACUUUAGAGCGUGCAGAUAACCUCGAGUCGGUAUAUCUAUGGCUCGACGCCGAACCCCGAUCUCGCUUGUACAUGUACAAGGCAUCGGAAAAGAAUAUUAGAUGUUACAACUUUGGUAAGAAGCUGGCUGCGAAACUGACAGUCAAUGCGCCGUUCAAUCCAAAUAGACCUGAGGGUUGGGACACUGUUGCGCAUUUGAAACCCCGAUUCACUAUCCAUGCUCGCGGAUGGGCAGAGUACAGAGCAAACCAUGAUGGUAGGCGAAAGGGAGAGUGUGUAGUAAGAUAUGCUGAGCCCGGCGAAUAUGAAGGAAGCCCAGGCAAAUUUCUAAACCCCCCCAGAGGUUUUUAUACUUCGGCAUUGUUUCAAUGUUUGCGACGAAGAUGA